CUACCGAGCAGGCGCUGGCGGCGCGCGGACCGGCUCCGGCCCCGGACGAUGGUGCGCGCCAAACAUGCUGCCGCGCCUUCUAGUGCCGCUGGCGGCGCUCCUCAGCCUGCGCCUCGGAUCGGACGCGCAAGGGACAGAGCUGCCCAGCCCUCCAUCUGUGUGGUUUGAAGCAGAAUUUUUCCACCACAUCCUUCACUGGACGCCCAUCCUGAAUCAGUCCCAAAGCACCUACUACGAAGUGGAGCUCCUGGGCUACGGAAUAGAGCCCUGGAAGGCCAUCCCCACCUGUAACCAGACCCUGGCACAGUCCUGUGACCUCACUGCAGUGACCCUAGACCUGUACCACAACAACGGUUACCGAGCCAAAGUCCGAGCAGUGGAUGGGAGCCGGCACUCCAACUGGACUACCUCCAGCACCCGUUUCUCUGUGGACGAAGUGACUCUCACGGUUGGCAGUGUGAAGCUGGAGAUACGUGACGACUCCAUCUUUGGGACAAUCGAGCCCCCCAGGCCCCCAAUGGCCCCCGCAGGUGACAUGUACGAACGCAUCUUCAAAAACUUCCGCGAGUAUGAGAUCACUGUUCACAAGAUGCCAGAAAACUACACGUUCACAAACAAGAAGGUAAAGCAUGAAAACUUCAGCCUCCCAACCUCUGGAGAGCUAGGAGAGUUCUGCAUCCGGGUGAAACCAUCCAUCAGCUCUCGCACUAACAAGGGGGUAUGGUCCAAGGAGGUCUGCAUCACCAUCACCAGGCAGUAUUUCACCCCAACCAUCCUCAGCACCUGCAUCACCUUUGCGUUUCUGCUCUGCGUAGUCCUGGCCUGCCUGAUCCUCCAGCUGUACAUGCGGCGCCGGGGGAAGCUGCCCUCAGUCCUGGUCUUCAAGAAGCCCAGCCCCCUCAGCCUCAUCAGCCAGCUUGCCUGCCCCGAGGCCCCAGACACCAUCCACCAUCUUGAUGAGGAGACCGUCCUGAAGGUAUCCCCAGAACUAAGGAAUUCGGAACUGCAUGGCAGCACCGACAGUGGCUUUGGCAGUGCCAAGCCAUCCCUGCAGGCUGAAGAGCCCCAAUUCUUCCUCCCUGAACCCCACCCCCAGGCCGGUGGGACCACAGGGCAGGGGGAGCCCCCAGCGCUGGAAAACAGCUGCAGCGGAGGUAGCAGCAACAGCACAGAUAGCGGAAUCUGCUUGCAGGAGCCCAGCCUGAUCCCCGGCACAAGGCCUGGUUGGGAGCUGCAGGUGGGGAGCAAUGGCCAGGACCAGGACGACAGUGGCAUUGGCCUAGUCCAGAACUCUGCGGGGCAGCCUGGGGGCCCACAGGGCAGCUCAGCCUUGGGCGAGGUCAGCCCCCUGAGGCCUGAGCUGCCUGGGGAAGAAGACCCAGCUGCGGUGGCAUUCCAGGGCUACCUGAAGCAGACAAGAUGUACAGAAGAGAAGACAGCCAAGGCUGGCUGCCUGGAGGUGGAGUCCUCCUCAACAGAUGGCCUUAGCCCCAAAUUCCAGAUGUGCCUGGAUACCGAGGCGGGCUGGCCUCCUCCAGACCUGGCCAAGGGCUAUAUGAGACAGGACCCUCCAGGGAUGACUGUCCUGCCCUCAGGGGCCCCGGCUGGACAAUGGAACCAACCAGCUGAGGAAUGGCCAGUCCUGGGCCUGACCAGUUGUAGUGACCUGGGAAUCCCUGACUGGAGCUUUGCCCCAGAUCUUGCCCCUCUGGACUGUGUGGCAGCCCCACAUAGUCUCCUGAGCAGCUUUGACACAGACCUUGUGGCCCUGCCACUGAUCUCCAGCCUGCACACAGAUGAGGACCCAGGCUAAGGGGAUGCACUGAAUUUUAGCCAUCCGUGCUCCUCCCCUGGCUGAUACUGGACAAGGAUUGUCCUCAGGGGAGGAGGAGACAUCCCCAGGAAAUCAGAGGUGAAACAAAGCCAAGCUGGGCACUUUUCUGCAAACCCUAGCCAGGCCCCACCAGGCUGGCCAUGGUGACCAGAGGCAGAAGGAGGUGAUCUCGCUGAACUUGUACGGGGCAUGGGUGAUGUUGGCCUGUUCUACUGAAUGGGCCCUUGAGGAGUCUGGCAGAACUGAGGCCAGGGCAAGAUCUCCUUUCCCCUUGGGACACUUUCCUGCCUUGGAAAGGAUUGUUUGCCAAGGGAACCACAGGGUUUUCUGGAGUUGUAGUGAGGCCGCCAGGCUGAAGUCAGCUUGAACCCAGGUGUCCCCCUUGGGCCGGCCAUGUGUCAGGACCGCCAGCAGACUGAAAGGGUGGAAGGAUGAAGGCUUCGAGACCUUAGUGCAAGAGUCAUUGCUAGAGGGAAACAGGAGGCAGCAGAUCCCGGGUUUGAGUCUGGGAUGGCCACUCAGAGAAGGCAAGGAAGUUGUUACUGGAAGAUCUUAAGUUGUGUCUGCCCGGGUCAGUCAGUCCAUCUGCACAUCCUGAUGGAGCCACAGGGGGAUGACGUGAGCUGAGAUCCAGAAUGGGGCUUCUGGUUCAAAACCGGUCCCUCUGCUGGGGUGUCCCUGGUAUCUGUCUCCAGAUACCUCCCAGGGCACUUGCAGUGGCCAGGCCACUCACAUCUCCACCCUCCUGCCCCACCGUCUUGCGAACAGUGCCAGAGGAGCCAUGGUUGUUUGCAUCAGUCAAAACUCAGCCCCUCAGGCAGCCUCUGGGCUUGGGUACCAACUGACGCCUGCCCCAGAAGAUCAGGGCUGGGACCUGCUCCUUGUGUUUGCUGUUGUUGUCCAGCUACAGACCCAGAGGACAGGGCUCUGGGCUGGGAGCCCUGCUCUCGGCACUCAGCAGGAUGACCUUGGGCCAGCCAUUGCUCCUCAGAGGGCCUCAGUUUCCUCAUCUGUGAAGUAAGGACACAGUCUCCAGGCCCCCUGCCAUGCUGGGUGUUAGCCAAGCUGGCCUCUGGGUGAUAUUCCCAACCCUGCCUGACCCUGGGCUGGGAGGAAGUGGGCUCCAUGACCGUGUCUGCACAGAGCCAGCCUCUUUCUCAUGCUGAGGGCUAGCAGAUGAGCAGAAGCCCAUAUAUCAUGCCAGGAGAGCCACUGGUCACCAGGGGCCCAUAACUUGGAAUGUCUUGAAACGAACCCAGUUCACAGUCCAGAAGCCAGGAAUCCAGGAGGGGUGACAGGCCCGGAGUGGUCCUGCAUUUCUCUGUCACAUCCUGAGGACAGACAUUCCAGCCCAGGGAAACCAGCCACGGCACCAUCCACUUUGCCAUGAAGCUCUAAAGUACCAGUCUGAUAACUGAACUACCCCCGAAAUCCUAGAGGGAAGAUUCCUCAGGGUACCCUUGAAAGGUUUAUUUAUUUAUUUUUCGUUGUUUAUUUAUUGAAGAGGCAGCAUAGUACAGUGGGAGAAUUCUGGGGACUUCAGGAGCAAAGUUCUAGUUCUGACUCCACUGUUCAUAGCUGUGUGACCUUGGGCAAGCCAUUUCUCCUCUUUGAGCCUCAGUUUCCUCGUCUGUAAAACUGGAAAACUGUGCCUGACUUGUCUAACUCAUAGGAAUGUGAGCCCCCAUUGAGAAAAUGGGCGCGACUGUGCCUCGAACACAAAGCUCUGUGAGUGAGUGAUGUAUGUUUUUACCCCCCAAUAAAGUGUCAGGACCACAGGAGUCAUGUGACGCCAACCAGAUUUCUGAUGACACAGUCCCUGGAGGAGGACUCGGUUGUUGAUAAUUGAGAAUGACAGUGACUAGGAUGUGGGAUAUCAGCCUCAAAGAAACAAGACCUGAGAACUCAGACAAACCCAGGUCCAAGUCCUCGCGUGCAAACAUUUAUUGUCUGUGACCUUGGGCAAAUUACUUGACCUCUCAAAGUUUCAGUUUCCCCAUCUGUAAAAUAGGAAUAGUAACACCUCAUGGGGACGUUGUGAGUUUAAGUGAGACCACAUAUAAAAAGGGUGUAUCACAGUGCCUGGCACGUAGGUGUCCGUAUAUAAACCAGCCCAAAUCCAUUGUUGUUAAGUCUAUUCCGACUCAUAGUGACCCUGAAGGACAGAGUAGAACUGGCCCCUAGGGUUUCCAAGGAGCAGCUGGUGGAUUCGAACUGCUGACCUUUCGGUUAGUAGCCAGACUCUUAACCACUGUGCCACCAGGGUUUCCGUUCCAUACCUAAUAGCUGUAAAGAGCUGUUAAGGCUGUAAAGGGGAAUGGGCCAUUUUUCUUGGAAACGGUGAAAAUGAAAGAGAUAAAAAGUACGUAGAGGGGUUCUCUCAGAAGACCGAAAAGGAAACGGAAAGCACAGCACAACAUCUUGAACGUAAACCCUGACAGCUUGGAAAGGAGAACUUAUGAGCCCCUUCUUCCAGGGAAGACCUCCCUGGAGCCCUGCCCCCUCCUCCUCUAGACCCAGAAGUAUUUCCAGGGGGUGGUUCUCAUAAGUUCUAAAGGCACCUCCGUGAAAACCCACACUGGCUUUGAAUCUCUCACCAAGCUCAGCCCAGAUGGUGGAGCAAGCCCAGGCUGGUGACCUACACUACCCCCCAGCUUUACUCUUUGUCCCAGCCUGGAUCCCAGAGGAAGGGACUGGGGAUACCUCAUCUCCUUUUCCCUGAAUUGUCUUCAACUACCCAUCUCCCCCUUUCAUUCUAAGAAAACCCCCAAUUCUGGGGAAGUGCUGAUCCUAUCACCUUCACAGAACUUGACUAAUAUCACACCAUUUCAAACCCGUUCAGACUCUUGCCCGGUAGGCCUCCUUUGUCAAGAUCGGUAAUAGGAUUAGGGUGGGUCACUUUCUCCUAGAAAUGAGGUGUUGGAAAUGGCUUCUGCCCCAAGGAAAGGGCCCUGGAGGCAGGACUGGAUGAAGGCUGACCAAAGAGUAAAUACAAAGAUGCACAGGAGAAGAGGAAUUACCUUAAAGUAGCUAGAGCCCAGUUAGUUGGAAAAGACAAGGUGAGACGCAACUUGACAGGCAGAUAGUCAGAGGCCCUGGGCCCUGGGUGAAGGCCCAGCCAGUUCCAAUUCUAGAAAAUCAGUAGGAAUAUGUGAUGGUCUGCCUGUGCCUUUAAGCUAACCUCCCGCCAAAGCCAGGGUUACAGAGGAACUGAGAGAGUUCUUUCAAACAGCUGGGGGUAGCACGGGUGGUAGCGGAGACACUUUCAGACUUCUAGGGAAUUUAGAUUAAAGUUCCCAGCAGAAGACCCUGAAGGUUCUUAAACUGAGCAACCUCCUUCGACGGCUUUUCCAGGCUGAGGAAUGUGUGAUUUGACGUUUCUAUGAGCUAACGGAACUUCCUCUUAGUAAGGAGAGAGGGGAACUGGGCCAGCGUUGAAGAGGAAAUUCUAUUGAACUGUGUUUUCCCAAGUUUGUAAAUAAACCCAUUGCUGUUGAGUUGAUUCCGACCCAUAGCGACCCUAGAGGACAGAGUAGGGUUUCUAAGGAGUGGCUGGUGGAUUUGAACUGCUGACCUUUUGGUUAGCAGCCAUAUUACUUAACCACUGUGUCGAAUAGCCUUGCCCUCCCCAAAUAUCUCUCCAUUUCCCUCCCCCACUCUUUCUCUCUGUCCCCGUAUCUCUCAGUCUCUGUCUCUCAGUCUCUCUCGAUGAACACGCUAUUAUAGAAUACACCGAAUCCCUAAGCAAGUUUGGGUCACACCCCAGAGCCCUCUCUCACCCACACCGCACUACUGCCGGGUAUAAGUUCUCUGAGCCCUGCACGUGAGAGCUGUGGGCUUGCAUACUGGUAACUGUAUGAGGCGGGUUCAAGAAGUGAGGGCUGAUUUUAUCAAGCCCCAACCCAGAGGACACUAAAUACUGGGAGGUUUGACUCAUGUUUCCUCUAGCGCUCAUGGGUUUGGGUGUUUCUUUUGAAGCAAACCCACAAUUUUAAAUUCAAUGUAUUUUUAUUAAUGACCCACAGCACCUUUACUCACUAUUGGCUUGCUCUUAACUUCAACUAGUUCCCAUAAACAUUUGAAAGGGUGGUAAAAACCCUCCAACGAGGACGGAUGGAAUAGGAUGAAAUUAGUGUUCAAAAAAAGAUGAUCCUAGCCAAAGCAUGAGCCAAGAAUCAGAGGGGAUAAGUGGGAAGAACUGGUUAGAGUACUUAAUUUACUCAAUAGACAUAUUAUUGAGCACCUACUGUGUGCCCGCCGUAGUGCUUAGCUGUGGGUUCAGGGUGGUGAACAAAGUCACAGCCUCAUGGAGCAUGCCAUCUAGUUAUGAGAGAAAACCAAGCGAAUACAGUAUUACAAAUAGUGAUAAGUACCAUGAAAAAAAGUAGUAUUCCACACAAGGGAUGAGGCAGGAAGCAGAGAAACUGGGUAGGAGGCUUAUACAAUAGUCCAUUCAAGUGACCAUAAGGGCUUGAACCUGCACAGGGGCAGUGGGAAUGGAGAGGAAAGGACAGAUUCCAGAGACAUUUUGAAAGAAGAAUUGGCAAGAUUAGAUGACAGGCAGGCUGUAGUAAACAAAGGAGAGAUCAGAGGUGCUAAUCAUACUCAAACCUGGAUGAUGAGAAAAGUGAAGUGUGGACUUGGAGGGAGACACAGACAUGCAGGGACGGUGAGUUCUGGCUUAGACGUGACGAGCCACCCAAAAGAAAAUCCCUUCAGCAGCUGGCGAGGCAGGCCUGGCACUGCACGAGGGCUGGGGAUUUGGAAGUGAAAGCCUUGUGCUCACUCUGACCAACUUCAUGUCCCUUAGACAAUGGCAGACCAUCACCAAGAGUGCAGCUGAGGGCUCUCUUUGAAUAAAUCACCCACAAAGCAGAGCUGACAGGAUCUGUAGUGGGCAUGGGUAGGGGGAGGAGGGAGUAGCAGAUGGGUGAACCAGCUUCUUUCUGCAGCAUGAUCAGCAGAGACCUGGGUGUGGGUGCCACACCUGAAUCCACCACCACCCCCGCCCCCCACCUUCACAGGGCAGGAGGGGCUGAUGCAGGUUAAGGCCUCAUGAUGGCCCUGGAGAGAGCAGAAAUUGUUUUCAGAAUCCUGCUGCCUGGUCACCCUAGCCCUGGCAAUACCCUUCACUUCCCCGCACACCCAUCUACCUAUCCCCUAGGGCAGAACGUCUCAAAGUAGCAUUUGUUUAUCACCUGCAUGAGAAUCACCUGGGGGCGCUUGUCUCCCUAAGUUUCUCACUGCAGCCCAGAAUCUCUGAGGGAAGUUCCCAGCAUCUGUUCUGUUGCAGGUGAUUCCAAUGCACAUUCAAGUUUGAGAGUCUCUCCUUUACAGAAUAACUGGAUGAUUUGGUACAUAUUCCACUAACAUCCACCCUUCUCUCCCCACUGCCCGCUAGAUGAUGACACCUAGCCCAAGCCUUUAAGUGCUAUCUAGAUGCUGAGGGCUCCCAAAUGUCCAACCAGGCCCCUCCCCUCAAUUCUACUCAGCUGCCUACUCAACAGCAACAUUUAUCUAACAUGCAUCUCAAAAGCAGUCGGUCUAAAACAGAGCUCUGAAUUUCUCACACCUGUUCCUCCCCCAGUUGGCCCCACCUGAGUAAAUGGCACCACCAUUCACCCAGUGGUUCAGGCCCCAAACCUAAGAGCCCUAAGAUUCCUCUUCCCCCUACAUCUAAUCCAUCAGGCAGGUCCUAUCAGCUCUUCCUUCCAAACACCAUAUUUUUAUGCAAAUAACACAUGCAUUCUACCUUUGUUUGCCAACUGUUCUUUCUACCCACGAGGUAUUUUUGAAAGCACACUAUGCUAAAUUUUUUUACAGCAAAGUGUAAAAAAAAAAAAUGGCAUAGCAGCACUUACAAAAACAUCUGGCGGAUGAGGGUGUGGUUAGCAAACAAACAUAGAAAAAAAGGUUUACAUUAUUUGUGUAAAAUAUGAUAUAUGGUCACUUCAACCACUUGUCACCAUCCCCACCACUAUCAACCAGGUCAAAUCCAUCCUCAUCUCUCACCUGGACCAAUAGUAGUUAGAGUCUGUUACUGUCCCUCUGCUUCCACUCUUCCUUCCUUAGUCUAAUUGCCAUGCAGUAGCCAGCGUGGUCUUUAUGAAAUACAACUCAAGUCAUAUUACUCUCCUGAUGAAAGCCCUACAAUCUACUCUUGGUGAGACUUAAAAUCCAAAGGAGUUGGUAUCUCUGCUUCCCGAACACAUCUCCACUCUCCUCCUUGCCCACUCUGCUUCAGCCAUACCUCUUGCUGCUUCUUGAGCCCACCAAGCUAAUUUCCACCUCAGGUCGUUUUCACUUACUCUUCUCAGGUCUUCUCCUGAAUUCCUUCCUUGUUUUAUUCGAGUGUCUGCUCAAAUUUGAGUGUUCGCCCUAUCUCAGAUAUCCUCCCCGUCUCCAUUCCAUCUGCUCUUUGCAUCAUGACGGAGAUGUGCACAGGGGUCUAUGGGGCGUGUCAGAGGAGCAUUUGGCCCAGUCUGGGGUUCCAGGGAGGGCUCCUUGGAGAAGAAAAGCCAAAGGUUCUGGAAAUUUCCUGCCCUGCACUUCAUCCCCUCUAUCCCUUCACAAUCAGCUUGGAUUUUCUCUAAUGUUGCCCUUCCUGGUUAAUGCUACUCCCAUCCACACAGUCAUCAAACUCAGAAAUCACAGUAGAUCCUCCCUCCCCUUCACCUUUCCUCGAAUGAAAUGGUCGACCAAGGUCUACCAGUUCCAUGUCUUUAAUAACCCUCCUAAAUAUCCCCUCCUGUUUCCUCCAUUACUGCCUGGUUUGGGUCCUCAUUAUCUCUCAUCGGGACCAUUUGCCACAACCUCCUGGUCAGUCUCUGCCUCCAGCCUCCCCCCACUCCAAAUAAUCCUCCCUCCUGCUAACUGAGUUAAGUAUGCUAAAAUGCAAAUUUAAACAUUUUAUUCCACUGCCUAAUAGUUCCCUGGAUCCCUGGUGGAACCAUGGUUAAGAGCUCAGCUGCUAACCAAAAGGUUCGCAGUUCAAAUUCAUCAGCUGCUCCUUGGUAACCCUCUGGGGCAGUUCUACUCUGUCCUAUAGGGUCACUAUGAAUAGGAAACAACCAAUGGGUUGGGCAAAGUGUUUGUGUUUUUGGUCUUUAAUGGUUCCGCAUUGCCUGUAAGACAAUGUUCAAAGCCUUAGCUUAAAUCAGAAGUUUCUUCAUGAUCUUGCCCUUGCCUACCUUUCCAGUCCCAUUUCUCCCCAUUCGCAUCCCCACAACUUUCCUCAGGGCCACCUGCCCUUCACAAACAUGCCAUGCUGUCCCAUGCCUCUGGGCCACUGUGCAUGCUGCUUCCUUGUCCCAAAUGCUCUUCUCCUACAUUGCUCCUUCAAGGCAGCUCAAGUGGCCCCUCCUACAUGAAGUCUCUCUGCACCACUCAGAUGCUGUGUUUGCAUCUAAUAUGGAACCUAUCACUGUAUAGCAUUUCAGUGACCAGGACUGUCUCUUCCACAAGAAUGAAAGGAGUAAGCAUGACAUAGUCCCCUUUGUCCCCUUUGUAACCUCUGUGUCUAGCACAGUUCCAGGUACCUAGUGGAUGCUCAAUGAAGUUUUGUUGAACUGAACUGAGUGGAGAGAGAGGAGUGAAAUAUGUGAUUUAUUAAUUGUGGUAAGUGGAAGUUGGGAGACUCAGAAAUUGGGUUCUGUUGCAGGCCUUUUAAGAUCUGAGUCCACAAUUCAAACUCAAGGCAGAGAGACAGCAGAUGUAGUAGAACAAGCACCGCGAGGUAUGAUGCAAUGGAAUGCGGAAAGGACCCUCACACUGAAAGAGUAUCUGACAGUCCGUUCAGUCAACCAAAAGGUUGUCGUUCUAGAAAUAUCCCAAGAUCAAACAGCAGGAGGCAACAGACCCAGGAAAUUGAAAGAAUGCUGGACUUGACUGGCCCUCAGGAGAUCUGGGUUUCGGCUAACCCAACUUAGUCACUGCCUGUUCUCUUGACACAAGUUUUUUGGGUCAACUUUAGGCCUCAGUCUUCCUAUCUGUCAAAUGGAGAGAAUAAUCCUCAGCCUGACUUCUCCCAUAAUGCCCUAGGCAUAUUGCUAUCACUGAAUGUGCUGCAUUCAGUAGUCAUUUCACUGUGAGCUCUCUGAGAACAGGGGCUGCUUUUGAUUCAUCUCCGUAUCCUAAGCAACCAACCGAUGCCUAAUACAUAGUAAUAGGUGCUCAAUAAAUAUUUGAUGAAUACGUGAAUAAGUGGAUUUCCUCACAAGGAAAACAUGUGAAAAACAUUGCAGAAGUGUAACGUCCAAACAUGAGAUGACAGUGGUGGUGAUGGUAGCCUAAGACUGAAUAUACACUUGAGAGACAUUAGACUGAGCCUAAAAGAAAGCAGGCUGUACAUGAAUUUGAUUUUAAAUUUCAUUUUCAGGUUUGUCAUCUUCUUAGUUUAGUCAGAUUCUACCGUGAUUAUUCCCUUCCCUGCUAUCCUCAUUCUACAACACUUAGUAUGCACCCAGAGCUGCAGACCAAGCCAAAAGCCUAAAAAAGUAAGGGGAUGUGGUCAGGAGACGAAGGUGAAGGACCGUGAAAACACUCAACGGUGAAGUCAUUCACUCCUUCAACAAACAUUCAUUGAGCACUACCAUGAACAGGCCCUUCCUUACUCAUACUCUGAAAUAGCCUCACAGCUAGAAGGGGCCUCAGAGCCUUCGAGACCAAAGGCAAAGAGCCUGAGCCCAACAGCUAACAAGGGGAGAAACUAGGACUAGAACCAAGAUGAGGCUUCUUACAUUUUUCACCCAUCUCUCUCCCAGCGACUCCUGUUUGUAUGUGAAAAACCUCAUUCUAGGUUUUGAGGAGGGGAGAUAACCCCAUGGUUCUACAGGUAAAAAUCCAAGAGACACGGAGACCACCAAGACUGUGGCCUCCAGUGCCGCCCCAGCUGUUGUUUUGCUGGCCUGUUGUACUCUGGGCAGGCAGAACAUUUUCAUUUCUGGUCCCCAAGUGUGAGAAUUCACCAGGCCACUGGCUUCCUGUUUUGUACCAGAUCUGCUCAAACACCACCACUUAAGAUGGGUUUUGCUCACUAAGCAGUUUAAAAGAUAUAUUAAUGAUAUUCACACCUACUCCCACUUUGAGGUUCCCAGGCUCCUGUGACAGAGAAGGGGAUACCAUAGACUCUGGCUAUCUGGCUCCCGUCACCUGACCCCCUCUGUUGCCACUGGCGUAGAGCAGGGCCUUUGACAUGCAUUCAAUAGUGUCCCCCAAAAAUAUGUGUUGUAAAUCUUAACCCCUAAACCUGUGGAUGUAAUCCCAUUUGGGAAUAGGGUUCUCUUUGUUAUAUUAAUGAGUCAUAUCAGUGUAGGGUGUGUCUUAAACCAAUCAAUUUUGAGAUAUAAAAGAGCAGCUUAGUUACAGAAGCAAGCAAGCAUGAAUGGCGGAAAGAUAGAUGUCAUGUGGAGAUCUCCAGGGAACUCCAAGGAGAAAGCUAAAGAAUCUGAGACAAAGAUUUUCCUCCAGAUCAGACAUAGGAGGCCUUGCCCUAGAGCCAGGGCCCUGAGGUUAGACUUCAAGCCUCCUAAACUGUGAGAAAAUAAAUUUCUGUCCAUUAAAGCCACCCACUUGUGGUAUUUCUGUUAUAGUAGCAUAAGAAACUAAGACAGAAUUUAAGAGUUGAAGAGAACCUACAUCAGGAAGUAGCCCUUCCUCACCUGCCCUGCCUCUUCAGGGGUUAGAUCAUCCCUUAGAGUAGAAUAGGUCCCCUUCUGUGUGUGCUCUGUAUUCAGAACUGUAUAUGAGGAUGCUCACAUGUUUGGGAAUGGUUGGGCAUGUGAGAAGGAAUCCAAAGUUUUGAUUUUCAGAGAACUUGAGGUCAUACCAGUGGUGAAGCGAAGCCCAGGAUGCCCUGAAGAGGUUGGCUAAUGAUUCAGCAUAUUUUCCUGAGCAGUUCUCGGACACGGAGCGGGUACAAAACUGGAAUUCUUUCUGUAAGAAGUACUCAUCAAAUAAGAAAGCAGGAUUUCAACCCAAAAGAUGCUGGAUUCCCCCACUGUGCCUAGCAAAUUUCCUGGCACAUUGUAGAAGCUGAAUGGAUGAAAGAAUGAAUACAAGGAAAUAAUCAAGAGUUAAGUUGGGGUGACCAGAGGAUAUUUGUAAUUAAAGGUCGGAAGACAGCAAGAUCCCUAGGUCAUGAAGAAGGCUCCCUGGAGAAGUGAGGGUUCAGAUGCAUGAAGUAUGGGCAGAAUUUGAUGGUUUGGAGGUCAACCAAUUGCCGUCAAGUCAAUUCCAACACAUGGUGACCCCAUGUGUGUCAGAGUAGAACUGUGCAUCGUAGGCUUUUCAAUGGCUGGUUUUUCAGAAGCAGAACACCAGGCCUUUCUUCCAAGGUGCCUCUGGGUGGGCUUGAACCAUCAACCCUUUGGCUAGCAGCAAGCUCAUUAACUGUUUGCACCACCCAGGGACUCCUUGGAGGUCAAAGAGAGUGUAAAAAUAAAAGAAUGAGGAGUGAGUCAGUGAGAAGCUCAGAGCUGAGGGGAGGGUCUGGGGAAGCCUGGGCUCCUGAGAAGCCCUUCUCACUGCUCCAGGGAACUCAGGAAAAAAAUUUGAGACUGGAGGGGAGAGCCUGCUUCUUUGGGAGCCAGGGAGCUCAGGGAGGCUGCCAGCCCAAGCAGAGGCUAGAAGUGAAUGACAAUGAUUAUAAGGAAAGUCUUGCCUGGCCUGAGCCAUUCAUUUCACUGGGCUCUGAGCCUCUGUUCCCUCAUCUGUGAAGUGAGAGGAUUAAAUGUGACUGGACAUAGUGCCCCUUCCCUGCAUAAAUAUGUGCUCAGCAAACAUUAGUGUUUUACCUCCCAGGUAAAGAAGGUCUUGGAUGCUGGUGAGAUAUAUCCAGGAUCAAAGAAAGGCUGAGUAAUACUUAGAAUCCGAGACCAGCAGCGUCUAAAGGAACUUCAGCAGUCACCUUUCAACUGCCACCUCCUAAAUUAGGAAGUUAGGACUACACUUUUACUUGCAUCUUUUGUUUACUGAGCACCUACUAUGUGCCGGACCAUAUGCUAAGUACUGAGAAUACAGAGAUAUUUUUAAAAAGAGACAAAGUCUUUGUUCUUCUAUAGGUAAGAGCAAGGAGGAGCCUUGGAAAAAUUGUCCAAUCCCUCAGUUUCUAGAUGCUGAAAUAGAUGCCCAGAAAAGGGGUAUGACUAGCACAUGGUCACACAUCAGAGCAGGGCAGGACAGGACCAGACUCUACAGUGUUCAGCUCUCACUUCCCCUGAGCCCUAAGGUCAGGCUGCAUCAUAAGGCUACAGACUGUCCAGGCUACAGUGCAGCCAGUGGCUGGCUGUGCAGCCUUAGGCAAAGCACGCCAUCUCUCUGAGCCUCAUUCUCCCCUUACGUAAAAUGAGGUCAGUAAUAAUCCCUGUGUCACAAGGUUGCCACGAGGCUCAAACACAGUAAGGGACGUAAAAGUGCAUUGCCCUCUAUAAAAUUUGAGCAUUUCCUACUCCUUCUCGGGACAAGGCGGGCUUCCGGGGCCACACCGAGUGCUUCUUCUCUACUCAGUGAGCUUUACUGAGCACCUCAUGAGUGCUCCAGUGUUAAUGGUUAAGAGCUAGGCUGCUAUCCAAAAGGUCAGCGGUUCAAAUCCACCAGCCACUCCUUGGAAACCCUAUGGGGCAGUUCUCUGUCCUAUAGAGUCACUAUUUGUUGGAAUUGAUUGGAUGGCUAGGGGUUUGGUUUGGUCUGGUUAAAGACCUAUGGGACAGAACUCUGCCCGCAAACAGCAUGGCCUGGUUAGAGAAGAGCACACCUGGAGAAAACAUGGCCAUCCACAAUUAAGAGCAAAAUGGGUGAGAUCAAGUCUUGAGUCCUGAGGAAAGUCACAGGAAAAAUGGGAUUUCAGCCACACCAUGGAAGACUAGAUGUGGCUGGGCAGAGGGGAGAGAAGAGUGUAUUCCAGGUAAAGGCACUGAGGAGGAACAAGGGUAACAGACAGCUGGGGAGUGCCCAGCCCACAGAACACCUGGCUCUCAUGGCUGCCUCCUGGCUCCUGGAGCCAGCAAAAUGAAGUAUGGCUAAAAGGAGGGGAAGGAGGAGCUGGAGAGUCCCUGGCACGACCAUGGGUCUUGGUUCCUCUACAAGCAACCAGCCCAACCAGACCUAUAGCAGGGUUUCUAGGCAUCUCCUCCCCUAUUUUUUCUGAACUGGAAUCUUCCACUGUAGAGCCCUCACCAGAAACAUGUAGAGUCCUAGGGUGGGUCCUGGGAUGGAGGAUGAAGAAGGCUUGCUAGCCAGUGGGACUGCGGAAGUAAGGAAAAGGAGGGGAGGGCAGAGAGGACAGGGAGCACGUCAGAGGGCCGUAAAAGAGGAAGUAGUCCAGUCUCAGUUCCGCUUCCAAGGAUGGGAAAUACCCUCCAUUCUCCCAGACCUUAAAGGAGCUCUGGUGGCACAAUGGUUAAAGAUCUGUGGUUUCAACCCACCAGCUGCAUCUCAGGAAAAAGAUGUGGCAGCCUGCUUCCGUAAAGAUUUACAGCCUUGGAAACCCUGUGGGGCAGUUCUACUCUAUCCCAUAGGGUCACUAUGAGUUGGAAUCACCUGGACAGCAAUGGGUUUGUUUGUUUGUUUGUCUGUCUGUCUGUUUGUUUGUUUGUUUUUUCAACCCUCAGCAGCUGCCCCUGUCCCGUCACCUGGGGCCAAGACCACCUGGGCCUGGGGCCUCCAUCCUCCUUUCAAGUUUUUCCAAUGCCCCUGAGUCCUGGGCACUUCCACAGACCUUGAGCAGCUCUAUGUGGACUGCAGGCCAGGAUCCAAGCAGGGAGUACGAGAAAGUUUUACUGAGGCCUCUGGGUCAAGAAAGGGAACUAGCCCUCAGAAUUUAAAUCCAAGGAAGAAGGGAGCCAAAAUCAACACAGCUCUCAAGAGACCUUCAGGAAGGGAGUGGAUCCAAAGCCACUUCGAGCUCUUCCCCACCCACAUCUACCCAGGGGUGGCAAAGUUGGGGCCUAGUUGAAGACCUGAUCCAGAGACUUGGUUAUUAAGUUGGGGCCUGGCAAUGCUGGGAGGAUAGCCCCCAGACCUGGGUGGAAGGCCUUGGAAAGGAAUGAAUAAGACCCCUCUUCUCCCUCUAUAAUCUCCCUCUAUAGAACUCAAAGCAAGAAAGAAAUCAGGCUUCGAGAAAGGCAGGAUAGGAAGGCACGUAAUGUAACUUUUCUCCCCUGUUACUGUCCUGGACUCCUGCAUCUGCUGGCCUCAUUGCUGGGAAACUGUCAGAGCCGGGGCUGGUAGGUCUAACUGCAAGUUUCAGCAGUUCCAGGGCUCCCUUCUCAUGCACUAAUCAGUCCGCAGCUACCCCAGUAUUGUGGAUUGAUUUGUGUCCCCCAAAAAUAUGUGUUGUAAAUCCUAGCCUCUAUGCCUGUGGUUAUAAUUCCAUUUGGGAAUGGGCUGUCUUUGAUGUCAAUGUGACAGGAUUAGAGUAGGGUAUGUCUUGAGUCAAUCUCUUUUGAGAUAUAAAAGAGAUUAAACAAGCAAGCUAGCAAGAAGAGAUGGGGGACGAUUUACGAGAAGCCAUAUGGAGAUCUCCAAGGAACCAGGAAACAAAGAGACAAGGACCUUCCCCCAGAGCUGACAGAAAUAGAAAGCCUUCCUCUAAAAAAAAAAAAAAAAAAAAAAAAAUUGGACUUCUAUCCUCCUAAACUGUGAGAAAAUUAAUUUCCUUUGGUUAAAGUCAUUCACUCGUGGUAUUUCUGUUAGCAGCCCUAGAUAACUAAGACAGAAAUUUGGUACCGGAAGAGUGGGGUGCUGCUCUGACAGAUACCAAAAAUGUGGAAGUGGUUUUGGAAUUGGGUAACGGGUAGAGGCUGGAAGAGUUGUAAGGUGCCUAAUAGUAAAAGCCUGGAUUGCCUUGAAGAGACUCUUGGUAGAAUUCAGAAGGAAGUGAGGAGAGCUACAGGAAAAUUCUCUGUGGUCUAAGACAAUACAUAUGGCGCCAGCAACAGAAUGUUGCUAGAAAUGUGGACGUUAAACGUGCAUCUGGUGAGGCUUUAAAAGAAAAUGAUGAACAUGGGAUUAGAACAUGGAGAAGGUAAUGCUUUUUACGCUGUGGCAAAGAGAGUGUCUGAAUUAUGUUCAAAUGUUUGGUGGAAGGUAGAAUUUGUAAGUGAUAAACGUGGGUAUCUGGCUGAUGAGAUUUCUAAGCAAGAUCUUAAAGGGGCUGUAUGGCUUCUUAUUGCCUUUUAUAGUAAAAUGUGAAAGAAAAGAAAUAGACUUAAAAAUGAACUGUGCUAAAGAAAAAUAGUACUUAAAGAUUUGGAAAAUUCUGUUGUACAAACUAAGGACACAUGUCCUAAAAUGUUCACCAAGCACGUGGCUACACAAUCUUUUGUUAAAGAGAUGAAGCCUGUGACUGAUGGAUAAUAUAACCAACUACCACAGCAGAAAACCCAUCAGCUUAGACUGAAGGGGACAUAGAAAGAACGAAAGAAAAGACUGUCUGCUUCUUGGAAUUCAACAGGCAGAAAACAGGGUAAAGGAGCUACAUCUGCUGUCCUUCAAGAAAAAAAAAAAAAAAAGACCAUCCCUGAGCAGC